AUGGCCGCCGCUCCGCCCCCAAACCGCCCCAUAAAGCUACUGAUGCUUCACGGCUAUACACAGUCAGGGCCUCUGUUCCAGGCGAAGACGGGUGCUUUGCGUAAAACAUUAUCUAAAGCCUUCCCUAAGGGCAUAGAACUCGUGUAUCCUACCGCGCCAAUACGGUUGACACCCGCCGACGAAUCGUUCCUAGCAGGUAGCACGGGCAAAGAUGGCGAGGGCAAGGACGGAAAGGAUGGAGAGGAGCAGGAGAUCGAUGCGUGGGCAUGGUGGAGAAGGAAAGGUUCAGGGGAACCAUACACAUAUGAAGGCAUAGAGCAAGGUCUGGCUCAUAUCGCAAACGUGUUGAAGGAACAAGGUCCCUUUGACGGUGUUGUGGGGUUCUCCCAGGGCGGUGCCGCGGCAGCCAUGGUCGCGAGUCUACUCGAACCUAACCGUCGCGCUGCGUUCGAGAAACUUUACCCAGAGGGCGGCAUGAGGUUCCCAGAGUCUUUUGAAGAAGACACUGGCUAUGUUGAGGGAACCAUACAUCCGCCGCUGAAGUUUGCGAUCAGUUAUAGUGGCUUUGCAGCGCGUGGGAAGAACCCGUAUCACGCGUUCUAUGAGCCCAAGAUCAGCACACCGAUGUUGCAUUUUCUAGGCACACAGGAUGUUGUGGUUGAGGAAGCAAGGAGUUUGGCCUUGGUCCAGGCUUGUGAACACAGCGAGGAGAAGUAUGUUGUGUAUCAUCCUGGCGGGCACUUCCUACCGAGCACACAGAAGGCUAGCGUCAACGCAUUGAUUGGGUUCAUCAAAGAGGUCCUGCAGGGACAGGAGGGCGGGGCAAAGAAGGAGGAGGAGAGUGUUGAGGACAUGGAUGUGCCGUUCUAG